CGUCUCAGAAAGCUGAGCUCUUCACCCAAGAGGGCGACGUUAGUCCUGGUGGUCUGGCGGAGCGGGGAGCGGCGGGGAGAAACCGCGGGGAGAAACCGCGGGGUUCAGGGACACGGCGGACCGAGCGACGACUCCCCCGCUGGAAAGCAGCGACACGACGAGAACACGGAUAAAAUAAAACCCCAGGCGGUGACGAGGCGUGGACUGACCUCAGCGGGAUCUUCACCGCCAGAUAUCUGUCGAUCACGAUGGCCAGCAGGCUGAAGAUGGAGCUCUGAAAGCUUACAGUGACCUCCAGUCAUGAGUCCCCGCUGCAGAGUGAACUUCAACACUAUGAUUUUCCUGGUCGUCCUGCAGGGGGCAGCAGUUGUGCUCUUCUGCAACUGGUACUACCAGCUGAGCCCCUGCGACUCCCCUCCCCGAAAAGGCAAAGUUCACGUUUUGCUGCUGUCGUCGUGGCGAUCGGGUUCAUCCUUCCUGGGUCAGGUUUUCAGUCAGCACCCGUCUGUUUUCUACCUCAUGGAGCCCGGGUGGCACGUUUGGACCAAAAUGGAGAGACCUGGUGCACGAGUUCUCCGAAUGGCGAUGAGGGAUCUAAUGCGGAGCUUGUACCAGUGUGACUUCUCAGUGAUGGAUUCCUACAUGCCUGAGAACUACAAUAUGUCCACAUUGUUUAUGUUUUACCACAGUCGGGCGCUGUGCUCACCUCCAGCAUGCUCCCUCACACGGCGCAGUGACAUGAGCAAUGAGACUCUUUGCCAAAAGAAAUGUGAUUCUCAAGGCUUGGAGAAGGUGGAGAAGGCCUGCCACACUUACAGCCAUGUGGUUUUAAAAGAAACUCGUUUUUUUGAGCUGGAGUCCCUUUAUCCCCUUUUUCAAGAUCCGAACCUGGACCUCCGCAUCGUUCACCUCGUUCGAGACCCGCGGGCCGUGAUACGGUCGAGAGAGGAGUCAGCCAAGUCUUUUGACGUGGACAACGCCAUCGUCUUGGAGCAAAGAAACGUACCAGCAUCCAGUGUUCAGUACGAAGUGAUGCAGGAGAUCUGCCGAAGCCACGUACGCAUCAAUGAAAGAGCAAUUCUGAAGCCGCCUCUGUUUCUGAAAGGUCGCUACAAAAUGAUUCGGUAUGAAGACGUGGCACGCAACCCGCUGAAGGAGAUUAAUGAUAUUUACGACUUUGUCAGUUUAGAGAUGACCAAUCAGAUGGAGGAAUGGAUCUACAAGGUGACCCAUGGAAAAGGGAAAGGCAGCAAGAAAGAAGCUUUCCAGAUCACCUCCAGGAAUGCCAAUGAGGUGUCGCAGGCGUGGCGCACCGUGCUGCAACACAGCAAGGUCAAACGCAUUCAGGACCUGUGCAAAGGGGCCAUGUCGCUUCUCGGCUACCGGACAGUUGACAGCGAAAAAGAGCAGAGGAGACUCGAGAUAGAUCUGCUGGUUCCACGUGAACCUUACGAGUUCAGCUGGGUUUCAGCUAAAUCUCAGCGCACAGGGAGCACCUAAAGCAUCACGCUUCCUGGUUCAGGUCCCCUCAGAGGCAACAAGCUCGAAUGGUCUCCCUGUCGCUGUAAAACGUGGCUUUGUGAGAUACAGACUCCUCAGACUGCCUGUUUUCAAGAUCUGAAGAGAAAUUACAGCUAUUUUGCGUGACAGUAUAGCAUGUGAAAGUGGGAAAAAAUACCCAGUAGAGGGUUUCAGUAGAAACCUUGUUCCUAAAAACCUCUAUGCGCGAUGUUUAGCUGUGCAGGGUUGCACUCCAUUGCAUUUCACAGGACGUCACUCACAACUACCUUAAGAGUCACAAUUGAGCUUGAAGACAAAAUAAUGGCACUUGUUUUCAAUGCUUUCCACUUCUUUUCCACUGGCGUUUGUAUUUGUAUGUUUUUUAAAUGAUCAUGUAAACCUUAGCAAAAUGGUCUACAUGCACCUUAUGCUAAUUAGCAUACAGCGUUUCUCUUAUGAUUAUUGGGCCCAGCGAUUCCUGGAGUCUCUCUACUGCUUUGGAGGAGAAACUUAACAGGAUCUAUGCAAACUUGAUUCUCACAAUAAUCAGGGGUUUCACCGGAUAGAUCUGAUUUACCUAAAUUUGCAUACAGUGGAAUGGUGUGCGCUCAUCUUGUCUCACAUUUAAUUUAGUGUAAAUCAACAUGCUCUUUGACCAGUGUUGAGGGUACAUGUGUAUUGUCUUGAGAACGCCGAGCUUAAUAUGGCUUUUUAUUCCUGAGAAACUUGAAUAGAGCUCAGCUCGUUGUGGAGUACUGAUUUGGAGACGAGACGCCUGAAGACGAGAUCCUUUUAGGACAAGCUUUGGCUUUUUCUUUUUAUCAAGGAUUCAACAAUAUUUUGCCUCGAACACAGGAUUUGGUUGUCUGCUACGUGUGUCUUACCACCUUACACCUUUUGUUUUAAAAAUCCUUUCAUAAUUGCACUAAAAUUAUGAAACAGAGAAAGUUUAUAAGCAAUAGCAAUAUUCAGAGAUAAAUCAUUUCUUUUGUAUGAGUAAUAAAUAUCUAUAUUUUUGUAUGUUUUCACUUUUCCACUUGAGUGGCUUUAGUUUUCCAACUGGUUCCAAAUAAAGACUGGUUUCAUUUCAUUAUUCUCAUCAAAGUGCCUGGAAAUGGGAUUCAGUUUAUGUGACUUUCGUUGACAUUUUUUAUAAUUCCGAGUCUUUGGUGAUUUAAUGUCGAAGCUUCGUUUUGAUUUUUACGUGUAGGAUUUUUACAACAAAGAUAUCCCUCUGAGUGGACCAGAUUUUUCUUUACAUUGUAAAUGUAUCGUUCAAAAUAGUCAGACGUCGAGGAGGUAGCUUGAUUAUCUGUGUUGACUGAGUACUUUAGGUGAAAGUGUUGAUGAAUCAGACCUUUAUAGUUUCAGUUUUCAUUUUCAAUUCUCACAUGACUGAAGUAAUAUCUACUGUUUCAAUGAAACUGAUGCGCCGCGGUUCCUUUGUGGUUCAACACAGUUCAGAUUGAUCAACAUAAGAAAAGCAAUUCAGUUUUAGAAAAUUAGGGUUGCAGUAAUAAAUGUGUGCAAGUGCCUGAUUUGUUGUUUUUUUUCUGUGAAUGUAAAGAGAACGGAGCCCAGUUGGGAUGUCACUUAGUUUUACUCUACGUUGAUUCACAUGUUGGACUUUUAUAAGAACCCCUGAUCUUUCUGACCCCUGUUUUUUUUUUUAUUUGUGUUUUGAAUAAUAGUUUCUGUUGCAUCUACUUUAUUUUUCUUCCAUCGUUUUGGUUUCGUGGUUCUUUGUAGCUGCAAAUGUUUUGACUCCUAUUUUUUUCUCAUAAGAAACAAAUACAUUAUAUUAAUUUAUAAAUUAAUGAUUAAUGUUUUUUUUAGACACUAACUCCUAGGUUUCUGAUUGGUUAGCUGAAGCUGUUUAAUGGUCAUAUUGUGUGAUUUUAUGUCAAUUUCUUGUUUUUCGCCUCCUUUGAUGUUUGUGCAGUUUCAUUUCUUGAUAUUUUGUCAGCUUUUCUUUCAUUUUAAUUAAUUUUUUAAAUUAAAAUGUUUCCGGUGCCUUCUCUGGCCCAGGAGCUCCUGUCUGGUACUGAUAUGUAAUCCAAACUUGCACAUGUUGUUGGAAUAUAUUUAUAGAAAUAGUGCCUUAAUGUAUGUUGUUGUAUGUCGAUUAAAAUCUAGUAAAAAAAAACAAACUGUGUUUAACGCCUGGUGCCAGUUUGCAGUGUUUCA